AUUCUUCUUCUUCUUCUUCUGUAUCCCUCUCUACCAUGGAAGUACAAGCUCCGCCGCCGACGUGCUGGAGCAAUAUCCUCAAGCAGCAACCCCCGCAGAAACCACAGAAAAAGCAACAACCAAAUGAAUUUAUCGCCCAAAAAUUGGUGGGGAGCUGCUCAUCAACAAAAGGAAUCGCGGUGGCAGUUGUUGACGCCAACGCCAUAAUCCAGGGAGGAGAGAAGCUCCUCCACUCCGCCGACCGCUUCGUCUCCGUCGCCGAGGUCAUCACCGAAAUUCGCGAUCCCGCCUCUCGCCACGCCCUCCACUUUCUGCCCUUCACUGUUGAUACUCUCGAGCCUUCACCUGAUGCUCUUAAGAAAGUGGCCAGCUUUGCUAGGGCUACGGGUGAUUUGCAAACACUUUCGGAUGUGGACUUGAAGCUCAUUGCCUUGACCUACACACUCGAGGCCCAAAUCCAUGGGACUCAGCAUCUCAGAGACAACCCGCCCGCCAUUCAUGCAGUUAACGUUAAAAGGCUUCCAGAAAAGGACUUGCCGGGAUGGGGUUCUAAUGUCCCUAAUCUCGAGGAAUGGGAAGCGCUAGACCAUGCUGAAGACAAUGGAUCACAUGCCGAUUCUAGAAUUUUGCCCCUCAAAGAUUUGAGCCUCGGUGCUAUUCCAGAGGGUCAAGUUAGUAUGGAGGAUGCUUCCAGUCACGAUGGUAGGUCGUGUGCGGGAAACCAGGAGGACGGUGAUGGUUUUGAAAAACCCAAGAGAUACUAUCCGAAGAAGAAGAGCGAGGUUAAAAUUGAUGGGAAAAAGAUGGUGGCUGGUGGUAUUGAUGCAUCGCUAGGUCAAUCUGAUGAAAACUCUGAUGAUUGGCGACCUGCAGUUAGUCGAAGUACUCAUAGAAGAUUUCUCAGGAGAAAAGCUAGACGUGACAUGAGCGAUGCUUUGUCUGUACAACAAGACACACUGGGUAAUCCAGAUGCUGAAAACAUCGAUGAUGACACAUGUCCAGAGCUUGUUGUGGAUGAAAAUUAUGAGCAAACGGUUAAUGGUUUCUGUAAGGAUGGUAACGGAAAUGCAGAUGUCUCUGAAGGUAUAAAUAAGAUGAAAUUGGAUGAAGAAUGCUUGAUGUCUUCUCAAAAUGGUGAGAGGGAUAAUCUUCCUUCUCAAAGAGAUGAAUUCGGUGGGGUAGAGGCAAUAGAUUCUUCCAGUCAGACAAAUGAAGAUGCUGAUACAUGGCAUACAGAUGAUAUAAGUAGCGAACAGAGCUGGACUCUUAGAUCCUUAUCCGAGUCUAGUGUCGCUUGCAUAACUGCUGAUUAUGCAAUGCAAAAUGUGCUUCUUCAGAUGGGUUUAAGACUUCUGGCCCCUGGAGGAAUGCAGAUUCGCGAGCUUCACAGGUGGGUGCUCAAAUGCCAUGCUUGUUCUAAGGUGACUACAGAAAUCGGUAAGAUUUUCUGUCCCACAUGUGGGAAUGGCGGCACAUUACGAAAGGUUGCUGUUACGGUUAGUGACAAUGGUAUUAUAUUGGCCACACGUCGACCACGCGUAUCCUUACGUGGAACAAAGUAUUCACUGCCUCUACCUCAAGGUGGUAGAGAUGCAAUUACAAAGAACCCUAUAUUACGUGAGGAUCAGCUUCCGCAGAAGUUUCUGUAUCCAAAGACAAAGAAGAAGAAUAAGCAGGACGACGAUUUCUUUAUACCAGAUGACAUUUUCCUCCACCACAAUGAUAAGAAAGCUCCACUCCAGCCUCCGGUUAGGAAAGCACUUGCUGUCUUCAGCGGGAAGAGGAACCCCAACGACAUCCGUUAUGCCCCUCGAAAAUGCUAAGCACCAUACUUCUAUAUCUACUUUUGCUUAAAUGCAUCGAUUUUGUUGUGGUUAAUGUUCGAGACGAGAUGAGUCAGUGAUUUUUUUUUCCUUUUCCUUUUCCUUCUCUGUUGUGAUGUAAUCAAGUUUUGCUCUGAUAGGUUUUUGGAUACUUCAAAUGAGUCAUGGUUCAUUGUGUUAGCAAAACUCUAUCUACUUAGUUUAGUUUUGUGAAGUUUCACAAAACCACACUAAACAUGAUCAUUUAUUCAAAGUUUAAAGUAUAGUAUUUAUCAA